AUGCCCUAUUACCAAAUCUAUCACUCAUCUCCCCUCAACCAGGAGCAGCGACAGUCAAUCGCUGCCUCCAUCACCGACCUGCACUGCAAGGCCUUCACUACACCCUCGUUCUUUGUCCACGUGCACUUUAUCCAAGAAGACUCCAGUGCCGGUAGUUACUUCUUAGCCGGCAAACCUCACACAAAUACAUCCAACCGCAUCAUCGGCAUCGUGCGAACGUCUGCUACCCGACCAAAGUCCGCUUUUGAUGAACUAGGAGCUCAGAUCGAAGGCGCAUGGUAUGAGGCGUUGAAGAUAGCUGCACCUGUUGACAAGAAGGAGUGGAGUCAAGAGGACGAAAACAAGCGGUUGAUGAUGGUGACGUUUGUGCCCAUGAUUACGAUUCGGGAGGGAGGCAUGGCUAUUCCCGAGGCAGGACAAGAGGGAGGCUGGUUGAAGGGACAGGUACCCUUUUUCGAGGAGAUGAGCGGCAAGGGUAUCACUGAUUUUACGGAUUUGAUAGAGGAGCUGAAGGAAAGGGAUGACUUGAAGAAGCUACUACAGUAG